CGAUUUUUCAUAGUGCCGCGGCUAAGGGCCCAAUCAAUGUGCAAUUUCCUGUCAACAUUUGGUUGAGAGACGCAAGGCUCUUUGAUCACUUCGUAUCGAACCGCCUGUACAUGGUGAGUCUCUCCAAGAAAUGGUCGAGGAGUAGAGAAAGAAAAUUUCUAAGUCUAAAAACUAAGCGGUGAAAUCUCAUUCAACGGUUACCAAUACUACUAAGCGAGCUUGUACAGCGCAACUUUGAAAAGUUGGCUUGUUUUCGACUUCCCCUUCUACGAGGGACAAAAAUGGAGAUCUUUGAGAGCGAGAAUAAUGCCACGGCGCAAGGAUACCGUGUGCACCGCUCCGGGAAGAACAUCAUUUACCACGGGAAAAUCAGCAAGGAAGGGGCAGCGGAUUUCCAGAAGGCAACCCUGGAGGCAAUCCUGGAGCUGGAGAAGGAAAAAGCCAAAAAGAACAAGCCACCUCCGCCUCCGGCAAAACCUGGAGCCAAUGGGACCAAUGGAUCCCCGCCCGCCUCACCCGAAGUCGCUGCGCCUGCUACUCCGGUCGACCCACCCAGUGGGCUUGCCGCGAAAGCUCCGUCAUCGUCUUCCGGUAGCAAGGCGAAGAGCAGCUGCGCAGAAAACGUAGCAACACGAACUGCUUCCGACGGAGAGGAUGUUUUCAGCCAAGAAACACUCGCAGCGGGUAGCUUUACUAGACCCACUGGCGUGUCCAAUGCAGCCGGAGAGCCCGGGCCGGAGCCUGAGCCGAUAGUGCAGAAAAAAGAAGCAGCAGCGCAGACAUCACCUAGCCCGGGAUCGAAAACCGCUGCAUCUUCUUCGUCCGCUACGGUUCCCUCGGAGAAAGAUGCAGCUGUGGUAGCAGAUAAAAAAUCGGCCGAUCUGCGGUUUCACUUCUCAAGUGACGGCGGCAGUCUAGCUGCGGGCUUCGCCAUGAUGGAUACAAUCAAGGAAGCGCGCUCUCAGGGACAUCUUACCGAAUGCAUCUCAAAAGGUACUUACUUAAUGGUUCAAACUUCUUGAAGUUUUUUUUUGAAAUAAACAUAGCCUCGAAUAAAUGACGUUUUAGCUUUGUUGAGCUGCAGAACAGAUAUCGUAGCAUUCCCACGUUCAGGCUUUGUCGGCUCUGCCGCAACCUUUCCGGCCUUUGCGUGCGAGAAAAGAUUUGCGUCGGAGCAUUGCCUCUUUCUGCUGCACCCGCCGUCCCGUGCCGGGGUGCAGGGACAAACGGAAGACCUGAAGAUUCACGCGGACAAUCUGGACCUCUGGCACGGCACGGCGCUGAAGGCGUACAACAUGUUAAGUACGGUCAAGUCUGCCUUUCCCCGCAUCAAGUCUAUGUUUCAGGAUAACCGCUACUCAACGGCCGCCGAUAUGCAGCAAUGCGGCUUUCUGGACGACGUGUGGCCGUAGCGGCACCGUUGUCGUGAACACUUUUUUACGACAUCGAACACAACUCAAUUUCUACCUUCUUGAGAACAGAGCAAAUAAUUUACUUGCGAUUCCCUGAGAGGUGCUGCAAAGAUAGGCAU